AAAUCCGUGAAUAGAGAAGAUCCGGAAGAUAUUAAACUCCUGUGAGCACUUCAUUUUGCUCUUCAUUACAAAUCUCCCUAUUGAUGAGCAUGCAAAGAACUUUGUCAAAUCUAGCCCAGAAUGUCAGAGGUUAAUCAGUCUCUGUGGGGGUCAAUACAGACUGAUGUGGUUAAAGGAACCUGAAAACUCCAGACAGAUCCCAGAUCUACUGGAUUAUAUAGAGAACAACAAGACUGAACCAUAUUCACCUCAGACGUAUGUGAAAGCUCAAGAGAACAGAGCCAGACAGGAGCUUGAAGAACAACAUAACAAAGAACUGAGUGAAAUGGAGACCAAAAUUAAAGAGUUAGAGCAGAAAAUUCAGUCAGAUGGUGCUGAAGUUGCAGAUGAUCUGAAGAGUUUGAGGAUUGUUUUGAUCGGAAGGACAGGAAAUGGAAAGAGUGCAACAGGAAACACUAUUCUGGGAAAAAAAGAAUUUCACAGUCAGUUAAACACAGAUUCGGUGACGACUAUUUGCAAGAAGGGAGUUGGUGAAGUUGAUGGUCGAUCAGUAGCUGUUGUUGAUACUCCAGGACUCUUUGAUACGACACUGUCAAAUGAAAAAGUGAUGGAAGAAAUAGUGAAAUGUGUUUCACUGUCCUCACCUGGACCUCAUGUUUUUGUCAUUGUGUUGAGUUUGGGAAGAUUCACCAAGGAAGAAACAGACACUGUGGAUCUGAUAAAGAAGAUCUUUGGUCCAAAAGCUGCUCAGUUCAGCAUUGUUCUGUUCACCAGAGGAGAUGAUCUUGAGGAUGAAUCCAUACAAGAUUAUGUGAAGAGAAGUACCAAUGCAGAACUGAAGAAACUGAUCAGUGAUUGUGGAAACAGAUUCCUGGUUUUCAAUAACAGAGAAAAACAAGACAAAACAAGGCAAGUGAUUCAACUGUUAAACAUGAUAGAAGAGGUGAAAAAUAUGAAUGAGGGCCAAUACUUCACUAACAGGAUGUUUGAGGAGGCAGAGAUGUCCAUUAAAAAGAGAAUGGAGGAAAUAUUGAAAGAGAGAGAAAGAGAAAUUCAGGCUCAAAAUGAGGAAUUGAGAGUCAAAUAUGAGACAGAAAUGGAAGAACUGAAGACGACACUGGAAGAAGAGAAAAGAAAAGCAGAUGAGGAAAGAAAACAAAGAGAGAAUGAGUUCAGACAAAAAGAGGAAAAACUUAUAAAAGAUUUUGAAGAAAAACACAGAAUAGAACAACAGAAAAGAGAGGUUGAAAACCAGAAACGAUUAGACGAGGAAAAACAACGUAGAGCUGAAUUUGAUGUAAAAAUUGAAGAGAUGAAGAGAGAGACUGAAAAUCAGAGAUCCCAGUAUGAAAAACAGCAAAAAGAGAGAGAAGAAGAAGAUAGAAAGAGAGAAGAAAAAUACAGACAAGAUCAAGAAAAGAUGGCAAUUGAACAAGAAUGCAUUAUAGCAGAAUUAAAGAUGAAACAGAAAGAAGAAAUAAUAAAGAGAGAUAUGGAGAAGAAAAUGAGGAAUGAAGAAGAAGAGAAAGAAAGACAGGAAUGGGAGAGAAAAAUAAAAGAAGUUGAAAAUAAUAAAAAAGGGAUUCAAGAGGAAAUUAAACGACAGCGAGAAAGAAGAGCUGAGAGAGAGGAAAAGAAGCGACCAGAUGAGGAGAGCAGAAGCUUCGCCAUGCAGCUGCCUCUUGGAUUCGGCCCGUUACAAAGUAGCUAUCCCAAAUUGAAGGUGCUGAAUUAG